GAGGCAACGGAUCGGAGGAAUACAAGUCGACGAAGAGGACAGCAACACUUGAUCAGAUAUGGACGUCGAAGAAGGCUCGCCAUGGUUUUUCGCCUGUUGAAGAUGUUCAUGGGCGAUUCCGGUCUUCUGCUGACCCGUCUUGCAAAGAUGGCAGUGAUGCGUGUUUGGUGGGGGGCAACUUUCAAAAAGCUGGGCGUGUUCCUACUGCCGACGUUGUGAGCAGAUCGAUCGCUUACGGCGGCAGCGACGGCUGUUUCGGUCGGGACAUCUCGUCUCGACCACCGCCAUCGUCAUCCCCAUCAUCAUCUGGUAAUUGUGCGCAUACUGGAAUAUCAAACGGUUUGGGAGCGCGUCAAGGCGAUGGCUCCUGCAGAGUGACGACGGCACCUGCAGAAAAAAUGGUCAAACCUUCAGAGGCGGUCAAACCUGCCGAAGGUACUGGAUCACGGCUAUGGCAGUUCAAGUCUGUAGGAACGAGUGGGGAACAAAUCGCGAAAGGAGGAGCGCGGGCAUUGCGUUCAUCGUCGGGCGUGGAUGUGCAGAGUGACGUGGCAGUUCUGGGCAAACGCAGAUCGGAAUCAGAGCGUAUGCUGAGGGAGAAGGAAGGGAAUCGAUUGGAAGCACUGUAUAGAGACAGAAAUGGGUUGAUUGGGCAAACGACCUGUCCUUGGGUGGUGGACCGUUCAUCUUCCGAUAGGGACAGAGAUGUUGCGGCUCUUGCGAGAGAUAAAGGGACAAUUGUAGAAGGGUGGAGAGGGCGCAAUGCACAAGAAGGCGGGUCAAACGACCGGUCAUUGGGUGGUGGUGGUUGUGGUGGUCGAGGUCAACCAACCGAAAGAUCCCCUGAGGAGUGGAAUAAGAACAGGUCGAAGACAGCACCGUUGGGUCCUGGGUGAGUAACUGAACCCUUUGAAGUGUUUUUCUUUUUUUUUUUUUUUUUUUUUUUUUUUUUUUUUUUUUUUUUUAACAUACUUCCUAUCCAUC